CCUUUGUUCUUCUUUUCUCUUGCAUCUCCAGGCUAUUGUUCGCCUACUUAUCCCAAGAAAAACACUGCAAUUGAGAUUUGUUUGUAUUCAUACUCUCAUGUGGGCUUUUUGACCUCGUGGUUGCAUUGGGUUUCAUCUUGACCAAACUUUCCUCAUCCCGAUCCGAGCAUACUCGCUCCCCGCAACAACAAUCCCUCUUUAGUCGGGUGAUUAUGGCCCCGAUCAAUCUGCUGGCGCGUCUUAGAACUCUCUACUCGAAAGACUACGAUGAGCCCGCUAUCUCUACGACGGCAGCUGCUUUCUUUUCAGUUUUCUUAACUCUUCUAUACGUGAUACCUUUCUACGUUAAUGCCACCACCCGGCCAUCUCCAACUCUGAGUCGCGAUGCACCAUCAGUGAUCCGGGCAAGGAUCCGAAGCGUGACCCUCUCAUGCGUUGCGAGCACUCUCAUCGUCGCCUGGCUGAUCAUUGGCAAAGAUGACGGGUCUCUGAUGGAGGCGCUCAAACUCCUGGGAUGGUGGCCCGUCAGCUUUGCGGAUAUCUUCCGUGGCCUGGUCCUGACAGCCAUUCUCUUCGCGGGCCCAUUGUUCGAACGGGGCAUUGCUGAAGGGGAAUGGAGAGAAUGGAUCCGAGGUAGCCGCAUCACCGCUUCCCUGCGCAGCUGGAUCGGAUGGAGGAACUACGUGGCGGGCCCCAUCACCGAGGAAGUUAUGUUCCGCUCCGCUAUUGUCCCGCUGCAUUUGCUUGCGAAAGUGUCUUCCGGCCACAUUGUAUUUGUGGCACCCCUGUACUUCGGCAUUGCCCAUGUGCAUCAUUUCUACGAGUUCCGCCUGACACAUCCAGACACCUCGGUGAUCGCAGCCUUAUUGCGAUCCAUCUUCCAGUUCGGCUACACCACCAUCUUCGGCUGGUAUGCCACCUUUCUCUACCUGCGCACCGGCUCUCUGCCCGCGGUCAUUCUCGCCCAUACCUUCUGCAACUGGUGCGGGCUGCCCCGGCUGUGGGGACGAGUCGAGGCAGGAGUACCCAUCGGGCCACCCCUGGCCAAGGGGAAGGGUGGCUUGGAUGACGCGGAGUAUGGACAGUUGGGCAUGGGCUGGACGGUGGCGUAUUAUGUCCUGCUUGUGGGGGGCGCCAUUGGCUUCUACUAUGCGCUGUGGCCUAUGACAGACUCCCUGAAUGCUCUCGCCUCUUUCUCGCGUACGCACAAGCGGGUGUAGUCGCUCAGCGAAUCUGGUUGAGCUUGGGCAUUGCCCGUGAUUGACGAGAUGGCCAUGUUUCAUUGCAUAUAUAAUAUAUUUAUAAUACAGCUUAAGUCGGUA